ACAUAUUCAACUAAUACCAUUCAAUAUUUGUCAUCUGCUUGGACUCCAAUUGUGUGUUGAGAUAUAUUCCUAGGGUUUGCUCGAAUCUCUGGCGACGAUGUCAAGCGACGGUGUAACGACGAAACGAUCUUCGACGGAGGAGGAAUCCGACUCUUCUCUCUCGAAAAAGCUGAAGUUCGAAGAUGAAGAAACCACAAGCAUGGAAGACGAAAGCGAUACCGAUAGCGGACGCGCUUGGAGUGUCGACACAGAAGACGAUGAAGUCGUGAGACCUCCUAGAAUAAAUUAUUUAAACAUGCAAGAUCCGGAACCGGAGUGGGAUGUGGACAGCUUCGAUGGUUACGAAUUCUACGACCCUGAGGAUCGUAAAAGCUUCUCCAACGACGAGGAAUACAAAGAGUUCAGCGAGUUUAAGAUCCAGGCCUGGAAGAAUAAGGGUUUUUAUGAAGAAGAUCCCUUCAGGUCCAUCUUCCCCCUUACUGAUCUAGAACAACGUUUUAGAAACAUGACCACAAGAGAAUAUUUGGCGGAUAUUGCUUCCUUGUGUGUUAAGAAACUCAACGAGGAGAAGGGUACGACUGUGGAACUUGAAAGUAUCGUGAGAGCCAAUCUAAAAGCAGGAGGUGGGUGGAAGCUUUACAUCACCUUUACGGCCCGAGAGUAUCCGGAUGGUUCUCUUGUAGAGUAUCAAGCCAAGGCCAUGGAUUUUGCAGGAGGCGAAGAACCUCCCUUUCCUAUCCUGUGCAGACCAGCCCCUACCAUCUCCCAAUACAAGACUUGCAUAGGUUUGUCUUGAUGCCACCAGCUAUGUCUUUGGCGCUUGUACGGUAUAAAUAUGUAGCUUAAUAAUGGUCUAAAUUAUGUUUAGUAUUUAUUUACAUUGUUGACAUUUAAAUAAGGACGAUAUUUAUACUCGACACUAUUGCAUUGAGGGGAGAUGUUUACUGU